GCCCAAACCCAAACCUUCUCCUGAACCCUCACUACCCGAGAGCCGCCGCCGCCGCCAACGCCAAUACGCGCGGAGCAGGAGGAAGAAGAACCGGCGGACCGACUAGCAGAGAUGGCGGGCGGCGGGCUGCUCGGGGGCGCGUUCUGGGCGACGCGGGCGCUGGAGGUGGUGAAGCGGAACGACGGGCCGGGCCUGCUGUGGAAGCGCAUCAAGCUUACCACCACCCGCAAGAACAACGCCAAGAAGCGCCUCAAGAGGCUCUGGCAGAAUGAGGCGGUUAUAAGGGCCUGUGGUCAAUCAGAAUCGUCGUCAGCAUCAAACACCGCUUCCGCAGCUGCCAAUCAACAGUAGCUUGAAAAAUCAAUUAGUGACUCAAGGAAGAGCUCAUACGCAACCAGAAAAGGUCAAUGACAUGCUGAGGCAAGAAUUAUUUCGCCCCAAUAUUUUGAGUUUGCUGUCCACAAACUGAAAACAAUGUUCAUGUAUAAAUCAACUUCCGUAAUCCAAGAGGACAUCAUUGCUUGCUACCAUGUGCCACCCUGCCCCCUCCUGCUAACAUCAGUUCCUAGCAUCUUUGUCCCCUCCGGAAUUCCAUCUUCCGUGGCCUCGCCGUUUCCAUGUUACUUCUCCGAGAACCAGUACUUAUGAAUAUGGUUGCUUUCCUCCA